UUGAUAAUCAUGUUACAAUAAUCCAAGAUCACCUGGAAUUGUCUGCAACGUCUCAAAUUUAUCCAGGCAUUUUAAAGUGGAUUUCCAUAUUAAUCGAUGCGCAACAUUUAGAAACUGUGUUAUCGUCUGUGAAAUCUGCAAAUACGAAAGCCAUACUCAAAAUUUCAAAUUUUUUUUCCACCUUGAUGAUUCGUUGGCCUUCAAAGAAAUCAAACUUGCUAAGUAAAAUGACAUAUGGAAAGCUUUCCGACCAGUUAUCGAUUAACUUAUUAUGGAAAGGGUUCAAUAGUACAGAUCUCGCUCGAUUGUUGUCAAAUGGUCAACCUUUAUCAAAUAGCUUCAUCACAGAUCCCGCAUUUGCUGAAGAGUGGGGAAUGUUUUACUUGUUUUGCGAGUUAUUUAGUCGAAUUUUACUUAUUAUAGACGAUUACGAAUUCUUUGACGAAAGUAAAAAAUCCUCUGAAAAUAUAGCAUUUAUUUUAUAUUGGAGCGGUCCUCAAUUGAAAAUAAGCAAUGUUAUCGAAGGCAGCUGCAUUAAACCCAUUUAUAUUCGAGAAGUUGCCACAAAAUUAUUAAAACAGAUCCAUGCAAGAGAUUCUCGUCGUCGAUUCACUCCGGAACAUCAUUGGUUAAUGACAUCUGAAUUUGAUAUGAGUACUUUCGCUAAAAGUGUUGUUACCGAAGAGCAGGAUCUUGAGCGCGAGAAUGAAAAAACAAGUAUGGACAAGCGACAGCCGGAAUCUAUUAGUCCGCGUCUUGGCGUACUUCACAAUAUUCCUUUUGUAAUACCUUUCGAUGAACGUGUUAGAAUCUUUAGACAAUUUGUUCGUAAUGACCGUGAAAGUUAUGCUAUGUUUGAACCUCGAACACGUGUGACUAUUCGUCGAAAUCAAAUAUUUGAAGAUGGGUUCACCAACCUUAAUGCCAUGGGACCCAAAUUAAAAAAUUCUGUUGCUAUUCAAUUUAUUGACGAAUUUGGGAUUCAAGAAGCUGGAAUAGACGGAGGAGGUUUAUUCAAGGAAUUUUUGACCUCAUUGACACGGAUAGCUUUUGAUGCAGAAUAUGGGUUGUUCCUUAGUACAAAAGAGCAGCUUUUGCAUCCGAAUCCACAUAGCUAUGCGUGUCAAGAAAUACAAUUGCGUCACUAUGAGUUUCUCGGUCGCAUAUUGGGGAAAGCUUUAUACGAAGGAAUUCUGGUUGAUGCGGCUUUUGCAGGCUUUUUUCUAAACAAAUGGUUGGGAGAGCGGUCGUACUUGGAUGAUUUACCUUCUGUUGACCCAGAAUUAUAUCAGGGUUUGGUUUAUUUGAAAAACUAUAACGGAGAUGUAGAGUCAGAUUUAUCAUUGAAUUUUACUGUAGUAGAUAAUGAAUCACGGACUAUUGAAUUGAUCCAUGGAGGAAGUGAUAUUCCAGUCACUAAACACAAUCGAAUCAAUUAUAUAUAUAAGAUGGUUGAUUACAGAUUAAAUGUUCAAAUAGGUUUGCAGUGCCAAGCAUUUUUUCGCGGUUUAAAAGAUUUAAUAGAGCCGAAAUGGUUGAAAAUGUUUAAUCAGCAAGAAUUACAAAUUCUUGUGGGAGGAGCAUACUUUCCUAUUAGUAUUGCAGACUUGCAACAAAAUACAGUGUAUGCCGAUUAUAAAGAUGACGAUCCCGUCAUCAUCAAUUUUUGGAAAGUAGUAUCGGAAUUUUCCGAAGAACAAAAGCAAAAAUUAAUAAAAUUCGUUACAUCUUGUUCUCGGCCCCCUCUUCUUGGUUUUAAAGAACUAAACCCAAAGUUCAGUAUACGUAGAGCUGGUACUGGAACGAGAUUGCCAUCAUCAAGUACAUGUGUAAAUUUGCUUAAAUUACCAGCUUAUCCGGAUGAAAAUACAUUGAGACA